AUCCUUCGUCUCCCUCACUUCCUUCUCUCUGAUAUCAGAAUCACACAGGAUCAUCAGUCUCAAUCUUUAGCUCAUUUUGUAGGACAAAAGGGGCAAAAUGCACAUGGAAUUUCCCCCUGGGGAAGACUACAUAAGCGAUCUUCCUCAAAGUAUUAUCGAAACUAUACUUACCAAGAUGCCAUUAAGAGAUGCUGUGAGAACGAGUAUAUUAUCUGGUAAAUGGAGAUACAAAUGGGCUAGCCUUACACAACUUGAGUUUGAUGAUAAGUGUGUUUACGGCACCCACGAUAGAGCGCUUGCAGAGAUGAAUCUUGUGAAGUUUGUGAGUCGGUUCCUUUUUCUUCACGAUGGUCCUAUUCACAGGUUCACUCUAUCUACUGCAUAUUUGCAAAGCUCCCCUGAUGUAGAUCAAUGGCUGCUCUUUUUAUCAAGAAAAGAUGUAAAAGAAUUGAUUCUUGAGUUGGGUGAAGGGGAAUGGUUUAGAGCACCUUCUUGUCUUUUCUCUUGUCGGAAACUGGUUCGUUUGGAGCUUGUUAGAUGUGAGUUGGACCCUCCAUUGUCUUUCAAAGGGUUUUUAUUCUUGAAACACCUUAAUCUUCAACAGGUUCUUAUUGCUCCUGAUGUUGUUGAGAAUCUUAUCUCGAGAUGCCCGCUUCUUGAGAGCUUAACUUUAUCAUACUUCGAUAGUUUAGAACUCACCAUUCGCGCUCCAAACCUUAAGUACCUAAUCUUGGAAGGUGAAUUUAAAGAUAUAUGUCUCGAGAAUACUCCUAUGUUAAUUGCAAUAUCAGUUGCCAUGUAUAUGACCGAUGAUAUUGCUGAACAUUUUGGGCAAAGUUCAAGUUGCAAUUUUGAUAAGUUUCUUGGCGGUGUACCGUCCCUUCAGAGGCUCAUCGGGCAUAUUUACUUUACAAAGUAUAUGAGUAUAGGUAACACCCUAGGGAAAACUCAGAUGACGUAUCAGCAGCUAAAGGUUAUCGAACUCUAUCAAGUAAGCUUUGAGGACAUGAAAGAAAUAAUGGUGGUUCUUCGUUUGAUCUUAAACGCCCCUAAUCUCCAAGAACUUCAAAUUUCGGGUUCAUCAAAUUCAUCAUCUGCAUGCGAAGCUCCGGAUUUUGAUUUCUGGGAGAAGGAAUGCCCCUGCGACUGCACAUUUGAACAGCUUAAGAUUGUAAAGAUGACAGAUAUGUCGGGUGUUCCACACGAAAUGGGAUUCAUCGAGUUUUUGCUUGGAAGUUCACCGGUUCUUGAGAUUAUGAGCAUCACUCCAAGUGUGUAUGUGACCGAGGGAAGAUUAAACUUAUUGAUCGAGUUAUUGAGGUUUCGACGAGCAUCAGCAGAAGCUGAAAUCAUAUUUGUUCAAGAUCAGGUGUAAUUUCAUAUGAAUUUAUUGUC